UGCGUGUUCUCUGAUCGUUGCCCUGUCAGAAAGCUCAUGCGCCGGGAUCUGGUUCUUGCUCCUCCAGCGCGGACAGGACUCUCCCAGGAUGCUGUGGAACAACAAACCUCGGAGCGGCUCCAAAGUGGCAGCGGGCUGUCUGGUCCUCCUCUCCGCCUUUCAUUUCAACCUGGCGGCUGGCCGCUCAGGAAAAGGCCCACAGAGCCAAGAUGAUACGCAUGUCAUCAACAACAAUCAGCUGGACCUGCGGGAGAUCGUUUUCAUCAUCCAGAGUCAGAGCAACGACUUCCACGUGCGGCAGGCGGAGAGACGGAGAGACCAGUUACUCCAGCAGGCGCACGGUCUCACAGAGAAACUGCCGUUGGUUUUGCUUCUUCACAGUUUAUCAGAAAAUGAGGGCGACUGGAGUAUCCUUCCUCUGCUGCCUUACUUAUCGCAAUCCUUCGGGAAAAACUCCUCCUGGAUUGUCUUUCUCGAGGAGGAAACCGACGUGAGGAUGACGGAGCUCGUUCAAGUCCUCGCGAAAUUUGACCAGAAUAAAGAGUGGUUUCUGGGAAAGCCGCUCCACGACCAGGAGUCCACCAUCAUCCAUCACUAUGCCUUCGCAGAGAAUCCCUCUGUCUUCAAAUAUCCAGACUUUGCUGCUGCCUGGGCCUUAAGCAUCCCCUUAGUUGUGCGGCUUGCAAACAAAGUGAAAGCGGAGCCCCUUAAAUCUGACUUCACCAUUGAUCUGAAACACGAGGUUGCUCUGUAUAUCUGGGACACUGGGAAGGGUCCACAUCUCACCGCCGUGCCGGAGCUGUGCACUGAGCCGCGGGACUCUCCCCAGGCCCGGCACUGUGCCACCACUCUGAUCAGCGAGCCUCCACUGUGCGGGGAGCCGGUGGAUAAAGCAGACGUGUUUGUUGCCGUGAAAACGUGUCAGAAGUUCCACAGUGAACGAGUUCCAGUGAUAAAGAAGACUUGGGAGAAGGAUGCCUUGUUCUUGGAGUACUACAGUGACCAUGCGGAUCCUGCAAUACCGACCAUUAAUUUAGGAGUGCCGAAUACUGAGAGAGGCCACUGCGGGAAGACGUUUGCCAUCCUUCAAAGAUUUCUCAGCGGCAGCGUCCCGAACACCAAGUGGCUCCUGGUUGUGGACGAUGACACGCUCAUCAGCCUCCCCAGACUGCGAGCCUUGCUGAGCUGCUACGACCCCUCGGAACCCGUGUGUCUCGGGGAGAGAUACGGCUACGGCCUGAGCCAGGGCGGCUACAGCUACAUCACAGGAGGUGGAGGGAUGGUGUUCAGCAGGGAAGCCGUGGUCCAGCUCCUGAAAAGCGGCUGCAAGUGCUACAGCGAUGACGCUCCGGAUGACAUGGUGCUGGGAAUGUGCCUCAACGCCCUCGGACUUCCCAUCACCCACAGUCCGCUCUUCCAUCAGGCACGCCCAGAGGACUACGCCAGGGCCUUCCUAGCUCACCAGGUGCCCAUCUCUUUCCACAAACACUGGAACAUCGACCCCCUCGCCGUCUACGACAAAUGGCUGAAGGAUGACUCGAGGGCCAAACCUUCAGAUGGACUUAAUGAGAGCGCAAAGACGGAGUUAUAAGGAUUUUAAGCACACGACUUGCCUGUUUGAAUACGUGUGUGUGUGUGUUUGUGGGUUUGUGUGUGAGACAGAGAGCGAGAGAGAGAGAGAAUGCCUGGAGUCAUGGAACAGAAAUGUUGUCCUUCACAGAUGUAAAUGUUUUUGUAUUGUUAAUGUUGAACUGUGAUAAAGAGGGACCAUGCAAGUGUGUGUCCAUGACUUGAUCUGUGGGUUUGCAUGUGGAGGUUAUUGUUAUUUUGGAAAUCUGAACUCAAUAUGUGUAUAUUUAUAUCUUAAGAACAAUCUCAAACCCUAACAGAGGAGCGCUGCUUCUCCUCUGGCUGAUACUUUCUCUUUCGACACCUCGAUGCUGUACAAUGUGCUCUAUUUUGACAUAAAAGUAUAAAUAUUU